UUUUUUCUUUUCUUUUUUUUUUUCAUCAUGAAUAAUAAUGAUGAAGAUUCAAAAUAUUUUACAUUAACGGGUGCCUUAAUGGCAGUUCUUUGUGUUUAUGUUCUUUUGGGACGAUUAAUAGGAAUGUAUGUAUUUGAUCGUACAGGAAGUACAGGUUUACGAAGAAGAUUGAUGGUGCAAGUAGUCGUGUUGGGUGAUAUUGGUCGUUCACCGCGAAUGCGUUAUCAUGCUACAUCAUUAGCAGAAUCAGGAUGUACAGUUGACUUGAUUGGUUAUACAGAAACCAAUCCUGGAGCAAGAGUUACUGUGAAUCGACACAUUCGUAUAAGACGUAUUCGACAAGCAUGGUCUAUUCCUGAAGGAUAUCCUAAAUUAUGUUAUUUAAUAUGGGCUCCCUUUAAGGCCAUCUUUUUAACUCUACAACUCUUUUGGGUAAUGGCUUGUAUUUCUCAAAAGCCUGAUUUUAUUAUUAUUCAGAAUCCACCUUCAAUACCUACAUUAAUCAUUGGCAAAUUGGUUGCCAUUUUACGUAAAUCAUGGUUUAUUAUUGAUUGGCAUAAUUUUGGUUACUCGAUUUUAGGUCUAAAAUUUGGUAUGGAACAUAAGAUAGUACGUUUAGCAAGAUGGUAUGAACAAAGAUACGGUAAAUCUGCCUUUGCCCAUUUAACUGUCACAGAUGCAAUGCAUCGAGAACUUGAAGAACACUGGCAAGUACAAGGAAAGAUCUUGACGGUGCGUGAUAAACCUCAAUCUGAUUUUAGACGACUUGAUAUUCAACACAUUCAUCGCCAUUUUAGUGGAUCGCUUGGCUUCAUUGAACAACUUGUAAAGGAGACUACAGACGAUGGAGAAAAGUUUUUAGGAAAUUACAAUGAUCCGAAAAGGGGGACCUUAUUGACUGACAUUGAGGAAAAUCAAUUGGUUUGGAGACAAGAACGACCGAAAUUAAUCGUCUCCUCUACCUCUUGGACAGAAGAUGAAGAUUUUUCAAUCUUGUUAAAGGCCAUUGAAUUAUAUGAAGCCAAUGCAAAACCAACUGAUCCUCGCUUAUUAUUUGUCAUCACCGGUCAUGGGCCUCAAAAGAAAUUUUAUCAAGAAAAGAUAAAAGGGAUGGCAUUGAAAAAGACCCGAAUUAUUACAGCUUGGUUGGAGACGGUAGAUUAUCCUUUAUUACUUGGAAGUGCAGAUUUAGGUGUUUCAUUACAUACAAGUUCAAGUGGUCUGGAUUUACCUAUGAAAGUAGUAGAUAUGUUUGGAUGUGGUUUACCUGUUUGUGCUAUUACAUUUCCAUGUUUGGAUGAAUUAGUUCAUGAUGGUAAAAACGGUCUUGUAUUUCAAAACAGUCAAGAUUUAUCAGAACAAUUUAUGGUAAUUUGUAUCUAUUCCUCACUACAAUACAUGAUAUAUUAACUUUAUUUUUUAAAAAGGAAUUAUUUGUCAAAAACCCUAAAAAACUGGAUGAAUUUAGAGCUAAUAUCAUUGAAGAAUAUUCAAAUAAUACAUGGCAAAGACAGUAUAAAGACCUUUUAGAAAAGUUAUUUAACCAGGAGUUUAAUUUUUAAUAAUAUCGAUUCUAUUAUUGCUGCUAAAGUAGUGAUUUGUUAUUUAAUACGCUUAUGUAGUACGACUUUUUUUUUUUCAUUUUAGUACAGAAUAAAAUUUUGUUUUAUUAUACAACUUUAUCUCCUCC